GCCCUGCCUGUCCGCUGGAUAACAAUAGAGACAGAAACAGAAGGGACGCAGUUUAUCCCGUUUUAACCGGACUGAUCCGCUCCAAACUGCGCGUACAGACCCCGAUUUGGGCGGGGAGGAAUAUCCGGGACCGUAUGGAGAAAUACACAUAAAGUAUGAUGCUUUAUUUAGACGUUUCAGGCUGUGCUAACUGAGCUAAUGUUAGCAUUUUUCUACAGAGAAAGUAACUAAAUAUUACUUAGUGGAAUGCUCCGUUCCGAUUGGUCAAAUCGGACAAGUAACUAGGUAGAUUUACUCGAGUAUUGUACUUAAGGACAAUUUUGAGAUACUUGUACUUUACUUACCAUUUUUUGGGACUUUGUACUUCUUCUACCCCACUACAAUUCAGAGUGCAUUCUGGGAAACGGAGUUCUCUUCUGCCAGUCUAACCAGAAAACAUAGAGUUAGCAGCUAACGGCUAACAGCUACAGGGAGGCGGAGGAUCAGCUGUUUUCUAGACAGAUGCUGUAAGAAAGGAGCCACGCUUUCACAUGAGUGUGACUGAAGGCCAUUAGCAAGACAAAGGUCGCCUCCAUGGAGCCAGCACAGGAGUCUUUGUAGAGGGGGGGUGAGAAAAGAGCCAGAUUCAGCAUUUUUAUGGACGAAACCUGAGACGGGGGAGUUUUUUUUUUUUUUUUCCUUUUUUUGUGGAGAGAGAGUCUUUUAUUGAUGAUGGCGGAUUUUGUUACACCGCGACACAGCGCGGUGAUGGAGAGGCUCCGCCGGAGGAUCGAGCACUUCCGGCAGCAUCACAACAGCUGCGAGAGCCGCUACGACACCGCGACGCUGGAGCGGCUGGAGCACGAGCGCCAGCAGACCUUCAACCUGCACCAGAGAUGUUUACAGGCGAAAGCGAAGCGGUCCAACAAGCACCGGCAGCCCCAGAGCAGUGCCGGGGAGCAGAGGGAGCAGCAGGCCGCUCAGAGGGACCAGGGGGCCGGCCAGAGGGUGCAGGGAGGAGCCGGGGGAGAGCACCAGGCCGCCGGGGAGAGUGGAGGCAGCGCGGCGGAGCAGAGCCGCAACAGCACGCUGAUCGCGGUGAACGCGGCACCCCAGACUCACGGGGACGCACAACGCCACUGCAAGUCCCAGAAGCGACGAGCCUCGCCUGUCACCUCGACGCCCAAUGACCACACCAAGAACCAACGACGCACCCCAGAAUCGCUCUGUAGCGUGUGGGCAGGGGGGUAG